UGCAGAUCUCAGCCCUUUCUGUGCUCUGCUAUACAAGGCUGCGACCAGACCAAACUCACUGGGUUGCACAGCAAAGGCAUAAACCUGGGUAAGACUCUUUUUUCACUGCUAGACAUUAGAACUGUGGAAACCGCUAUAGGUUAAUAGGGCAGAAUCUUCACAAAAUGAAAGCUUUAGAAAUUCUAGAUUAUAUCUUAUUUUUUCUCAGAUGGGAAAAACAGCCCAGGCUUAAUCUCAAACAAAAUUAUCUUGAACUAAGAAGACAGAGUUUAUUACAGUUCCCCCAAAUAUCAAAGAGAGCUCUUAAGACCAACUUGAAUAAGGGUCAUGAACUGGCUCAAAACACUUAAUCAGUGGUUUUAUGAAUUACAGUGAAUGCUGCUACUCUCUAAAAAUGAAUGUAUCAGAGGAAAUAACCUCUUUGGCAUGCUUACAACUACACAACACAUUUAUUUCACUGCUUGCAAGCGUCAGUGUUGCAGGCUCAGAAUAUUGAGAAGGAAUUCAGUCCUAGCAGCAAGCUGGUCCACGGAACAGACAAGACAACAUGCCUGGAAAAGUCACAAGUAACUGAGAAGCAGGGGAAACUCUGGCAUUCAAACCCAAACAUGACUCUGCAACUACAGCAAAAAAGGGGAAAAAAAAUAUAUAGCUAUUUUUUCAAAGCUAUUGAUUUCUUUCACUGAGUCUUUCAAAAUCUAAGUCUCCAGAAGAUACUAAAUAUUUGAAUUCUCACCUACAAACACGGACAGACGUGUGUACGUUCUCAGAGAACUUGAAUUUUUUUAAAAAGAAGUGUCACCUUUGGCUUCGAGUGUCUGGCCUAGGAACAGUGCCUUAAAAAAAGCAGAUGACCAGCUUAGCUACUGACCAUGCUGACUAUUGUCCAGAAUUGGAUGCAAUCACAGAAAAACGGCGAAUGGCUCUUUCUUACAGAAUGUCUGAACAAAGUGCAAUCCCUGAGCACGCUUUGCAGGGCACAUUCAAUCGCUUGGUAUCUCCUAACCAGUCUGGAUUACAGACAGAAUCAGUAUCAAAGGAAAUGAAACAGAUCAUCGAGGAACAGGGAAACACACUGCACUGGGCAGCUCUUGUAAUACUCGUGGUGAUAAUACCCACGAUUGGUGGGAACAUCCUUGUUAUUCUGGCCGUUUCACUGGAGAAAAAGCUGCAGUAUGCUACCAAUUACUUUCUGAUGUCCUUGGCGGUGGCUGACUUGUUGGUUGGAUUGUUUGUGAUGCCAAUUGCCCUCUUGACAAUAAUGUUUGGCAUUGCCAUUCCAAUCCCUAUUAAAGGGAUAGAGACCAACGUGGAGAACCCAAACAACGUCACUUGUGAGUUGACAAAGCAGCGUUUCGGCAAUUUCAGGCUCUUUGGCUCACUGGCUGCCUUCUUUACACCUCUCGCGAUCAUGAUUGUCACCUAUUUUCUCACCAUCCACGCUUUACAGAAGAAAGCUUACGUGGUCAGAAACAAGCCCCCGCAACGCCUAACGUGGCUGACUGUGUCCACGGUUUUCCAAAAGGAUGAUACGCCUUGCUCAUCACCUGAAAAGGUGGCAAUGCUGGAUGCUUCUCGUCAGGACAAAAGUGUGUCCAACUCAGGUGAUGAGAUACUUAUGCGAAGAAUGUCCACAGUGGGGAAAAAGUCAGUGCAGACAAUUUCCAACGAACAGAGGGCCUCGAAGGUCCUUGGAAUUGUGUUUUUCCUCUUUUUACUUAUGUGGUGCCCCUUUUUUAUUACAAAUAUAACUUUGGUUUUGUGUGAUUCCUGUAACCAGGCUACUCUCCAAAUGCUCCUGGAGGUGUUUGUGUGGAUAGGCUACAUUUCCUCAGGAGUGAAUCCUCUGGUCUACACCCUCUUCAAUAAGACAUUUCGGGAUGCAUUUGGCCGAUACAUCACCUGCAAUUACCAGGCCACAAAGUCAGUAAAAACUCCUAGAAGAUGCUCUAGUAAUAUCCACUUCCGGAAUCCAAUGGCAGAGAACUCCAGGUUUUUCAUGAAGCAUGGAAUUAGAAACGGGAUCAAUCCUGCCAUGUACCAGAGCCCAAUGAGGCUACGAAGUUCAACCAUUCAGUCUUCAUCAAUAAUUCUACUAGAUACACUUCUCCUCACCGAAAAUGAAGGUGGCAAAACUGAAGAGCAAGUCAGUUAUGUAUAGCAGAACUGGAUGCUUUCAUCUAAUACAAUGAUGAAUAAGAUGAUGAAUGAGAUAUAAAUGUAUCAAGGAUUACAUAAAGAAUUAUAGUCAUAUAUUAAAUCAUCUAAGAGUUAAGUAUUAAGAUUAUCUAAUCUUCCUUACUUGGACAAAAGUACUCCAUAAAAAACUUUUGUACAGCUACAAAUGAAAAUAAUCCAACACUCUGGUUACAUGUCAUCGCAUUCAAAUGACAUUAAAUGAAUACAUUUUAAAGCUUAAAAAUAGAUCAAUAUCAUAAAAUUUAAUUAGUUUCUAACUGUAUGCAAAGCUAUGCUAAGAAUGAAAUAAAACAAACCAGCAUUAACCUUGUCUUCAGCACAUAAAAGCUUGCAGCAUGACACAGCGCAUGACAGACAAAGAGCUGAAAGUAUGCAUGAAAGGAUCACAUCCACAGUGAGACAGACUGGGCUAAACGUAGUCAGAAUCCUCCCUUGACACGGAGACUAUCUUGAUGGAAGGGUGAGGAACGCCAGGAGCUGAGCAUCAUAAAAUAAGAGGAUCUCAGAGCUGUUUGCUAAAUGGCUGAUGCCAGACAUCAACCCAGCAGAGGUGGGUCUACUGCAGGAGAAAGCAAGCAAACUCGUGUGCUAUCUGAAUCUUACUAUGUUUCUUCAAGUGAUUAAUGAACAUAAACAAAUGAAAUCGUGGCACAUCAAUCUGGGGACCCAAACUUUAAGUGACCUCAUAAACUUAGAUCAUGGCUGCUUGUGCUUGCUUAAUGACAAAGGUAAACAGAAUUCUGACACAAGAUUUUUAAUUCACCUUCAUUAUUUCAUAUUUCCUGUUAGAUGUGGUAAUGAGUCCAACCUGUUCCACUCAACAGUCGGCUGAUAGAAUUUAGAAGAGACACUUAAAAAGCACUGGUCUACUAUGGAUGUUAGAAUCUUAGUUCUUUUAUUUAACUAUGACAAUGAAAAAUUUCAUUAAUUGUUUUGGCAUUCAAUCUCCUUAUCUUUAAAAAAAUGAGAAUACUGGCUUACUUCUAAGUUUCUUCCACCUUUAAAAAUUCUCACUCUAGGAGCCAAAGCUGUGGCAUAAUGGAGUAAGCCUCUGUUUGUGGUGCCUGCAUCCCAUAUGGGCGCCAGUUCAUGUUCCAGCUGCUCCUCCUCUUUUUUUUUUUUUGUUCUUUUAUUUGACAGGUAGGGUUAGACAGUGAGAAGGAAAGAGACAGAGAGAAAGGUCUUCCUUCCAUUGGUUCACCCCCCAAAUGGCCACCAUGGCUGGCGCUGCACCGAUCUGAAGCCAGGAGUCAGGUGCUUCUUUCUGGUCUCCCAUGCGGGUGCAGGGCCCAAAGAC